ACGGAGGAGGAGACCGUUCUCUCCGUUUCCUGCUGCGUCUCUGCUGCUGCUUUCUGAUGAACUAUAUCGGUUGAGCCAAUCGUACACAGUAACUACAUGCUAGGUGAUGCACUGAGGGUGGUUUUAAAGAAAGACCACCCGCUAUGCAGUGCUGGUACUCGGUGCACGGUGUGUAGGUAUCUGUGUGUGAGGACAGCCCGGGGUGGAGACAUCAGGAAGCUGAAGAAAAGAGAAGCAGACAGACAGGAGGCCACAGUUCCCCCUCACACACACCACACACAUCACCUCGGCCUUGAUGGUGAUGUAUGCAAGGAAACCAGCAAGAGUCAGCGAUGGGUGCAACGACAGAAAGGAUUCACAAUCCUAUCAGACCCAUAAAUCUCAGCCCAAGAGCCAGUCCAGCAGCCUUCACCGUUACGACAAGGUGCGUGAUGGAUCAGUGGAUCCCACACCCCCUUACAAGAUGCUGCGACGCUCGGAUGAAAGUCCUGUCAGUAGACAUACAGACAGCACAGGACAUGGCAAGGCAAAAACUUCUCACACAGUCAGAGGAAAAAAUGGGACCAGCGGCUCUCCUCAGGAGAACUCCCACAACAACAGUUCCCACCAUGGCUCCGACGUGCAUGCGACUCAGAGCAAGCCUGCAGACAGGGAUCCAGCAGAUGACUGGACAGAACACAUCAGCUCUUCUGGAAAGAAGUAUUACUACAACUGUAGAACUGAGGUCUCCCAGUGGGAGAAGCCAAAGGACCUGCUUGAGAGGGAACAACGACAGAAAGAUCCAGUCAAGAUGGCGGCAAACAGUUUCCCAAAGGACAUGGACUACAGACAGGAGGCCUUGCAGGACAAAGCCACAACAAAGAACACAUCAGGGGACCAGUCGACAUCAUCCAACUCCGCCCAUUCCUCCUCCUCCUCCACUUCUCAGAGCCUGAAUUCUGCUACUAGUGCUUUAGGUUCCACCCCCUCCACCAUGUCAACCUCCUCUUCAUCCUCUACGGGGCAGUUGCUCCAGUCUAUCCAGUCCCCAUCCCCAGCACUGCUGCAGGACCCGGCGCUCCUUCAUCAGCUCCUCCCUGCCCUGCAGGCGACUCUGCAGAUGAAUAACGGCAACAUGGACAUGGCUAAGCUCAAUGAGGUCUUGGCAGCUGCUGUCACCCAAGCUUCCUUGCGGUCUGUGCUUCAUAAGCUCCUCGCUGCUGGACCUGCUUUCAACAUCACUGCUCUGCUCUCCGCUGCUCAGCACUCCAACCAAGCCCAGCACUCCAGCCAGUCUCCUGUCUCUCUAACAUCCGAUGCUUCAUCACCACGGCCGUAUGUGUCACCACGGAAUGGCACACCCCAGAGCAACCAGAAAUCUCUAGGGGGUGGGCAUGCUGGAAUCAUUACAUCCUCGCAAUCAAGGGGCAGUAUGUCUUCAGGCAAGCAAGGAUCUGUCCCCCAGUCUCAGGCCGCAGAGAAGCGUCCAGAAGACCCCAGAACUCACCAGCAGAGAAGCCAUGAGAUUCUGUGCUCGGGAUCAAACGUAUCUGGUGCUGCUUUGCCCCACGCCCCGUCCGGCAGCUCCGGCCAAACCCAGGCGGAUACCCCCACCACCUUUGUUCCCACCCUGGCAACUCAUUUUAAUGAGAACCUCAUCAGACAUAUCCAAGGAUGGCCUUCAGAGAACACGGAGAAACAGGCGGCUCGGUUGCAUGAAGACAUCUACAACAUGGGCAGCUUGUAUAUGUCUGAGAUCUGUACAGAGAUGAAAAACCUCCGCUCCCUGGUCAGAGUGUGUGAAAUUCAGGCCACGCUCAGGGAACAGAGAAUCUUGUUUCUGAGGCAGCAGAGCAAAGAGCUGGAUAAGCUGAAGAACCAGAACUCCUACAUGGUGUGAGGACCUGACCACGGAAGGAAGGACUGGGAUGAAUUGAUUCAAAUAUUGAUUAAAAAAAGAGGAACACACAGGACAACAAGUUGCUACAGCCUGUUUAAUUCUCCCUGUUAGAGCAACUGAGAGAAGCUGUGAGAAGACAGCAGCUGACAGUGUGAGGCUCCAUCACCUUCAUCAUGUCACUUUUUCUUUACCUUUCCUCUAACAAAAAAAAAAAAAGAUUCUCCAAUGCCCACCACAUGAAAUGCUCUUGUUGAAAGGUGAGACGUGACAGUUCACCGAGUCGGACACUUUAACCAAGUGGACAUAAAGGACCUGAGGCUCUUUUCAAACGGCACCUUUUUGGACUGUGAACCUUGGAUUAUAUUGUAUUGUAUUGGGUUAACUUGUUUUCUGGUGUGUUUGUUUUCUGGCGUGUAGUUAGUUGUCAGCAAGAGAUUCAUCCUUGGUAAAAAUGAACUGAAGUCAUUUCAUAAUAAUUGGUGUCACGCAGUUCUCAGGGUGGAGAGAGAACAAACCCGUUUACUCCCCAAACGUCUGAAAUUUACAUAGUCAUGCAACACAAUGUAUGGAUUCCACAGCAGUGAUGUUACUGCCACUUGUGUGUCCUCGCUGGUUUUUUCAUGAGGUUUGAGAGAAGACCUCUGACCAGACCUUUUACUUUAAUAUGCUUCAGUUAUUUUGACCCGGUUGAUGGGAAUCUGCACUCUGGUGGUACAGAAUCAUGGGAUAACUGUAGGUGGUCGUGUCAGACACACACUCACAAUGAGUCAGACGCAAGGAUGAGUUGAUACAAUACUUGGUAUUGGUUCAAUUUCUGUCAAAAAUCACUGGAUUGAAUAUUGGGAAAAGAAACGGCUAAAUUACAAUUGAAUCCAUAAACGGUGAAUAGAGAGACCAGGUCGUGGGAGUGUGGGCUACACGUCUGUCUUGGUUAUAGUAAAUGCAUCAGUAGAAAUGUGUAAUUAAAAUCUAAGUUCAUGGAAAAGAGGAAAAGGACUAUCGGACUGAUAUCUUUGAUCAGAAUUCGAGGAUGUGUUGAAGUGGUUUGGAGCCAUCCCUAUUCAAAAGUAAUUUUGAAGCCUACAUUGUUGGACCUAUGUUGGCUGCUAGUGUAAGAGGUUCUAUUCGUUUGUAGCCCUGCUGGCUAUUUAUUAAUCCUCUCUUAUUUCUUUUUUAUGUAUAAUUGUCAGCGUUUUGUUUCUUCUCCCAAAUCCAGUUGGGGAAAUCUUUCAUUCCUUUUGUGCAACUUAGCGAAAGAUUGUGUAAAAACAAUAGAAGAAAAGUGACUGAAUUUACAUCAUGUAAAGCUAAAUUAUUCUUGCACAUGAUUGAUUACGUCUUUGUAGUCAAAAUAAAGAAAGGUCGAUGGAAAGACGUUUUAUUUUUUCAACGAGGAAACUCCGACUUUGCUUUCGUUUCUGAUCAGCUGCCGUGGCUGCAGCCAUUUAAUCUGUUGACUCCAGCCCGGCUACUUUUAUUUAAAAGGGUUUAUUCACGAUUAGAAGACGGACCCUUUUUACCGUUGAUCUCUUUUACAUUCAUAAAGAAGCUUCCUUUUGUCUUUUGA